AUGGGUCGAAAUCGAGCUCCUUCGGCCUCCGGCACCACUGUUCGUGUCGUUCUUAGCGGUCUCACACGCUCCAUCAAAUGUCUCGUCGUUAGCCCCCUACCACUUGCACCUACGGUGGAAGAGAAGCGGGAGUACACGAUUCUUUUCCCUCUUCGCCCUACCUAUCACCCGAGCUCGCUGGAUCGCCGCUGUGACUCCGUACAUCCCACGGCGUUUGCGUCAGGGCUGAUUUCCGCUCCCCAGCCAUUGCUUCGACUGUACAUGGGUGUCCGGAUGCGCAAAUCUCUCUUCUCGUUUAUAUCCCAAUUCUCGGCACUCCACAGGGAUUCAAAGACCCCGACGCCUGCGCCGUCACCCCCUAACGAUCUCCGUAUCCGUGACGACUCUGACCCCAAACCAUAUUCCCCGACCGUUUCCCUUCCAACUCCCGCUCCAUCACCACCUCAACUUCGAGACUCCCGCGAGCCCUCACCCGACAGACCGUCGCCUAUCUUUGAUAAAGUACCAGAGCCCGCCGUCGCCAGCUCUACCACGCCUGUCAACGAUCCAUUCGCACAAAGUGUUACGGGGAAACGACGGAGCAAUUCACGACCCUUGUCUAUGGUAUUGUCCUCGCAGCAGCCCCUCAUGGAAAGCAACGAGGAAAUCAUUCCGGAGCUCCAGCCCAUCUUUGCUUUACUCAGCAGUCAUGCGAACAAGUUGUAUCAGGAAGGAUAUUUCCUGAAGUUGGAUGACCAGGAUAUUAAGGGGAGACCGAAUCCGGACCGAACAUGGACAGAGUGCUUUGCCCAAUUGGUGGGCACAGUUCUGUCUCUUUGGGAUGCUGCCGAGCUUGAUGCCGCCGGAGAAGACGGUGAAGUCCUCCCCAAGUUCAUCAACCUCACAGACGCUUCCAUCAAAAUGAUUGAAUCGCUUCCGACAAGAUCAAGCGACGAACAGCCCCUCCAGAACAUUCUCAGCAUCAGCACUGCUGGGAGGAACCGAUAUCUGCUGCAUUUCAACUCGCAUCAUUCUUUGAUCCAAUGGACGUCCGGCAUACGGUUGGCCAUCUUUGAGCAAUCCACCCUCCAGGAGGCUUAUACGGGGGCCCUGAUAGCUGGAAAGGGGAAAUCCCUAAAUAACAUCGGCGUCAUCAUGGAACGAGCGAGAGCACCUGUCCAAGAAUGGGUGCGGGUCAGAUUUGGAGCUGGUGUCCCUUGGCGACGCUGCUGGUGUGUCAUUGAGCCUCCGAGCGAGAAAGAAGUUCAAAAAGCCCAGAAGGAGUUUAAGAAGCGCUCCCCUUAUGAUCGCUCUCACGGUCCAGUACUGAAGGGCCAAAUCAAGUUCUACGACUCGAAAAAGGACGCAGAGAAGAAGAAGAAGCACUCGAAGCCCAUUGCAUCUAUCACCGACGCCUACGCAGCGUAUGCCAUUUACCCGCAGGCAAAGGCGUUGAUUGAUGGAUCGGCACUCGUCAAGAUCGAGGGAAGCAUCACCAUCCACUCGGAACCGCCAUCGUCGACAGAGGGCUUCGUCUUCAUCAUGCCUGAGGUCCACCCCGCCGUCUCCGGUUUCGAGAUGUUACUCCGAUUUUUGUUUCCCACGUGGGAUACUUUUGCACUAUACGGCCGCCCUGGCCGCCUAGUUGCUAGCGUGCUAGACCCACGUUCUCUGAUGUUUGCCAUGCCCAAGCACAAACGAUAUGGGUAUUUGGAACUUCUCGAUGUCAGCGGUCUAAUUUUAACUGACGGGAGCUCGGCGUGGACCGAGCAGCAGUGGAAGAAGAAAAUGAAGGAACUGACAGGGCAGCGUAUGAAUGCCGUCGAAGAUGCACCUACGAGUCACAGUCGAAGCGCGAGUCGCAGUAGCAAGCGCUUAAGCUUUGGCCAGAAUCCAGCGUCCUCUUCUAAGCCACGUGUAGGUUUUUCGGAGGAGGCCGGUCCCGUUAGAUCAUCUCGGUCUCUCUCGCUGUCCAGGCCCUCCCAGAGAACGGACUCGGCGCCGCCGGAUCCCAAUCGGGAGCCCGUACCAUCGACAAUGGCCGGGCAUCCUCGUCAUUCCCGCAACAUCUCUGAUACACAACUUGCUCAUGCCGCAUCGGCCCAUGAAUUGGAUGGUCCCGGAGCCCCGCAGCCCAGUAUGCGAGGCCCUGAGCGCGCCAGGACCUUUGCUAGCGAUUUGGCAUCUACUCCCGAAAGAGUCAGCUCAGAGGAUGAGAGUGCCGUGAGGAGCCAAUUGACCAACGACCUCCAGGAGAUCCAACGGAUGCAGGCACCAGAGCCGGUUAACGCGCCACCGGCCUUUUCGCAUGGUGCAGGCUCUCGACCGCAACAAAAGCCAUACCAUUCACCCGAGAUGCGCAGAGCACACAAUCGUUUGUCAAACACCACGUUAUCGCAGAUAGCCACAGCAGGCGGUUUGCCUUCGGAUGCGGUCCCAAACGAAUUUGACAGAUACCCUGAACAAGGCAGAGGCCAAUCACAAGGGCAACCAGCGGUACAGCCACAAGCCAGCGUCAAACCAAUGAGGAUGAAUGCUAAUUUUAUUGGAACUCGUGAAGCUCUAACAUCACCUUCGACGACGAACAACGGCCCCUCCGGUCCCUCCCCAGGGCUUACAUCGCCGCACAUGAAAUCGCCUCAAAACCCCUCGACGGCUUCGCUUACCCAUUCUGUCGAUAAUCCAGCCAGCGGCCGCGGCACUCCCCCAAUGACGAGUUUCCCGGGAUCAACAACUGAGGGCCGACGUACCCCACCUCAUAGCCAAGGAUCGCCGCGAUCCAAUAUGCCAGGAAGAUCCCCACCGGUAACCAGGAAACCUCUUCCUCCAGGAUCGCCAGCCUUACGUCGCUUAUCUGAAGACUCUGUCUCGUCACUGCCCGUUCGGUCGGGGUGCAGUGCCGGAGGCCUUCACCAACAAGUCGAAGACGCCAAUCUGUGGUUAACUAUGCUUGAACGAAAAAACAGCGUGCAAAGUUAUUCGGACAGCCGUUCCAUUGACGCUGCAUCUACAGCGAGCCCGGACUACGCAAGCACCCAUAGAUCCACGGACACACAGGAAUCAGCAGACCGAGAACGACCACGUGCUGGAAUUUUGAAAGUCGUUGGUGAUACCUCCGUUUCCCCACAUGACGCAAAUGGCAGCAGCAGUGGGAAGGCUGACCUUGGGAUUAACAUCAAUUUUGGACCAACUUUCAACUAUUCGGCCAUGAAAAGUUCUUCCGCCAAGCCCACUGAAUUCAGCGCACAACCAAGCCGGUUCUUUUCUCCCAACACCGCCAGAAAGUCACCGGGACCAGGCACUUCGUAUUCUCACUUCCGACAAGACUCGGAUGACACUAUCCGUCGAACUGUUCCCUGGCAGCCUGGCUCUGGUGUGAAGGCUACUGCAGCUCACAAUGCUGUUUCUCCCGAACAGUUUGUACAACAACGCGCGGCUGCUCCUCCCAUUCCCGGAUUCGUACAUCAACGCAGCCCGUCGUCCCAAACAAUCACCGACUUGAGAGCAACAGCCCCUUCCUCGCCCCUAAGACGACCCGGCGUCCACGGCGGUGCGCACUCAAGACACAAUUCUGCCGAACUACUCUCGUCAGGGCGCCCUGCAAGCCGUGGCCCGGUAGCCGUUCUGUCGAGUGCUGAGGUCUCGUCUCAUCUAUCUGCUCGUGAGCAAGAAUAUGUUGCUCGGGCCACUGGAACCCCAUUGAUUGCGAUGGCCAGCAAUAAGAGUGAACCCCAACCCAAAAGCGGCCUCGUAGGUGCGAUACAACAAAGGGAAAGAGAAAGAGCGCACAUGAGGCAAGGAGUAAGUGGUCAAGCUGUUGCGCACGCCAUUGACCAGAGACAACGAGAGCAAAACCAACAAGCACAACGGGUAGCGCAGCAGGCUGCAUUUGCCCAACAGCAGGCACAUUUUUUUUCUGGGCAUUUCAACCCAAAUGUGGUGAGCAACGGUGCUGCUUCGGUGUACAAAUUCGAUAUGAGUGGCUUGGAUAACGUGUACACGGUUCAUACGGGGCGUAGUCAGCCUCUACAGCCUGACAAUGGUUACGAAUCCCGACAGGCUAGACCUCGCUCCGAGCUCCUGGCGCAGCGCAGCUCAUAUGCCCUCGGUGACCCCACUGCCGCAGGACACGGAGGAGGCAGCGCCGUGGGGGUAGGUCCUCCCACGGAUACGCCACAUGGUUCGUACCCUCUUCAGUCUCCUUCAAGCUACAAAGUUGGUGGUCAGAAUGGCCAGGCUCAAUUUCCGUUCUUCGGUCGACAUUGA